UCUGUGCUGAGCAGCAGUGCAGCACAUGGUUCUGACCCGCUGAGCGUAGUUUAGGGUCUUUCAGGCUAAUAUAGGGUUAUAUAAUGAAGCAGAAGUGCAGAAGCAGGCUGUUAUGUCUGUGUGUGAAACUAAAUGUUAUAUAGAUGUGAGGUAACUUUAAAAGCAAGCGUGCUUGAUAGCAGAGCUAGCUCGUUAGCUGAAGUUGCUGAUCGUGUGCGGGGUAAAUGCUUUGUUUUUUUUUCGUUCCUGUUCAGUUGGAUACGAUAUGGCACAAAGGAAGACAGUAUUUCAAACAAAAGUUCUGCGGAAGCUUUACCCUGCAGCUCCUGCCCGGGCUGAAGAUGACGGCUCCCCACACGCAGAAACACUUACUAAAACCACACACGGGAAAAGAAAAACUUCUGGAAAGGACAGAGUGUGUGGGAAUGCAGGGAAGAAGAGGCUUUCAGCCAAUCCAAGCCCUCGGAUUUACACAGUUUUACCUCCUCCCCCAGACUACAAUCUGCAUUCAGAGGAAUCUGUCACACUUCCUCACCUGGAAAGCAGGACUGGUACAGAGGAUCCAGCUGCAGAGGAGAGUAAGAUUGAGAGCAAUGAAGAGCCGGUUGAGGAGAAAGAGGGAGAAGAGCAAAAACGGAGGCGGAAGAGGAGGAAGAAGAAACCAGCUGCCCUUCAAGACUGUGGGGAAGAUGGGGCAUCUCUGGGGAGUGAAUCCAUGACGAGUCAGAGUCAGGUGUCCUUAGAUGGAGGAGGAGAGCAUGUUAGCAGGAACAAGAAGAGGAAACUAAAGAAAAAGAGGCACAAGGAGAAGUUGCUGUCCAUGGGUCUGAUGCCUCGAGCUUCUACGUUGGAGUUCACCUACCAAAAGGAUGGAGAUGAAAGGGAGGAGGAGGAGGCGGAGGAUGAGAGAAGAGUUGCUGAGCUGUCAGGGUUUCUGAGGACAACAACGGAAAUCUAUAUGUCAGAUACCUCGCCGCAUGUAGUCAGGAUCCCUCAGCUGUCUGCUACGCUGGAUGACCUCAUAGACGGCUUUGCAAGCGAACGCAAGCCAAACUCCGUCUUAAAUCAGCUAUACAGUCUCAAGACUUUUAUUCAACAGAAAGAGACAGAAAACCUAGAAAAGGCCCUGAAAGAGCUCAACAACAACCCCUUCAUGUCUGCAGAGGAAACCACUGCAGUCGUUGCACUGUGCAAAUACUGGAUCACAGAUAUUCUUCCCAUGCAGAGACACAAGACAGCGGGACUUCCAGCAACACACCCAUGAGGAUGUCUUUGCAGAGAAAAAUAGACACUGGGAUUGAUAUUUCUGUAAAAUGUGAAUUAUUUUAAUAAAAUCUUUUUAGGUUUUUUAUUUUCUGUG